AUGCGGCCGACGAACUCGAAGUUGAACAUCGACGGCGUCGAUGUUCACCUCGAUCUUAAUCGACUACCGAAUGAACUAUUGCUUAGGAUAAUCCAAUUUUUACCACCGCGAGAUGUUGCGCUUGGCGCUGCACAAGUCUCGACGAGGUGGCGAUCUCUUAUUAAGCACAAUCUUGCCAGAGUACCUAGAAUCCCAGCUCACUGUCAUGUAUAUGUGAUGGAUAUCGAUCUACAACCGGGCGAUGAUCGAACGGAUGGCCGAAGUCCAAUUAUGCAAUAUCAUUUCACCACUUUCAACACGUCACAGCCAGAUUAUCGUGCUAAACGUCGUGCAUGUCUUCGUGGGAAUGAUUCCGAACUUCGAGCGAUCUACGUCCAACACAAACGAUGCGGGAUGAUGGCCGAAUGGGAUUCACGUGGUGGUGUUCAGAAACUUGACUCGUGCACCGCUAAUUCGCUGCUCUCCUUCCUCGACAUUGUUGCGCUCAGGAUUGAUGUGUUGAAACGUGGGCGUCGUUUAAUGGCGCGAAGAGUUGACGAGAGGUUUGCGCAUGCGGUUGCGUUCUGUGAGGAUAUUUGUGGGACCUUAGAUCCGAAAUCCUUACUACUCUGCUCUCAAAACCCCUAUUUCUCAUGGUGUUUGGGAGAAGAAUCGCUGCGACGAUUAUCCUCAUUUCGAAAUUUGGACUCAUUAAUUCUGGAAAAUAUGACUGGUGCCGAAGUUUUUGGAGGAAUCAAAGCAUCGUUGUAUCUGGGGAAACUCAAAGAGAUUCGAAUGCGAUUGGAUGCUAAACAUCAAAAUGAAGUCGAAAAUAUUCUCUGGGUAGAUGUUCAAGGAUCCUUGCUAAAAUCACUAGCAGAGGCGCACGUACGCUGUUUGGACUUCUCCGCGUUCUCCGAGUCUCCGGCCGCUAUUACUGCCAUCACAGCGGCGGAUAUGUGCCAAUUCAUCAGCGCUUGGCGUGCUUUGACAUGUCCGUGGAUGAUAAAAUCGAUAAUGUUCAAUUCGACGGUGACAAUCAGCGAAUUUCGAACGGUUGCCGCUCGUGCUGGACUUUUCGCCAGUGCGCUAACCGAUAUACCGUAUUGCCGAUUCCGUACCUACCAUCCGUCGGAUCCGAACGCGAAAUUGGAGCUGUCCUGUUACGGUAAUGGGAUCGCUACACAAUGGUGUAUUCGUUCGGGAUAUUUGACUUCGUAA